AUGUCAGAAGGGAGAUGGAUUUUCGUUUUAAUACUUCAAAUAUUGUUCAUAGCAAAUACAACUGGUUCAACUGGAGAUAGGUCACAAUUUUAUAGUUUAUGUCUCUCAAAAUGUCGUGACAAUAAUUGUGUAGGCGAUGAAGACUUUAAAGUACAGCCUUCUGUAUCAUUAAGAAUGUUACUUUGGUCAUGUAAAGAAGAUUGUAGUUAUAGCUGUACCUGGGAGACAGUUAAUUAUUUUACUUCUCAUGGCUUAAAAGUUCCUCAGUUUCAUGGAAAAUGGCCAUUUAUCCGCAUUUUUGGAUGUCAGGAACCUGCAUCUGUCAUAUUUUCUCUAUUAAAUUUAUGUGCUCAUGUUACCAUGUAUUGGAAAUUUAAAAGAAAAUUGAGGCCCAAUGAACCAAUGUUUUAUAUAUGGACUUACUUUAGUAUGAUAUGCAUACAUGGCUGGUUUUGGUCUUCUGUUUUUCAUGCACGAGAUACAUCAUUUACAGAAGUAAUGGAUUAUUCUAGCGCAUUUGUUAUGGUCCUUACAUUAUUGUACUGUAUGUUAUUAAGAAUAACAUACAAGAAUAAUAGAAUAUUUGCUGUGAUUACAAGCGGAUACCUUAGUACUUUGUACACCCAUUUAUCACAUUUGUGGUCUGGUGAUAUAAAUUAUGACUACAAUAUGAAAUUUAAUGUUGUGAUAGGUUUUUUAACAUUUAUUAUUACAAUGAUAUGGUGGCACCGUAAUCGUAAAAGAUUAUCUUACAUUUACCUGAUUGGUUGGUUUAAUGUGCUAACUGUUCUUGUUACUAUAUUGGAAGUAGCAGAUUUUUCACCAAUUUUUUGGGUAUUUGACGCUCACUCUUUAUGGCAUGCUAGUACAGCUCCUCUGACAGUUCUACUAUAUAGAUUUAUGAUCGCAGAUUGUUCUUAUUUAAGAAUAUAUUACAGUAAAUUGACAUUAGAUAUUGACCACCAUAUACGAUAAAUUCACAGGUCUACUGCAAGAGGGAGCUAUGCCACAAAAUGUUGAAAAAUUAGAUUUUUAUUAAUUCUUUCAUCUAAUUUAUAACUACAUGGCAAAAUUCUUGCUUGUCUUAUGAUUGUAUAUAUCCACGGUGGCCAAACUGCGGCUCUUUUAGACUCUCACUGCGGCUUCCAUAUACUUAUGCAAUGUUUUUUUAUAAACUGACACAUACUAUAUAUACGUAUAUAAUAUCAUAUGUUUGUAAGUUUGCUGACUUUAUUAUGCAGUAGGAUAUACAUACAGAUUGUAAGCAUAACUCAUACUCUAAUACUCUGCUCAGGUUCUCGAGUAUCUCUGAUAGGUGAUAUAUGGCUCCUAUCCUGACAAGAUUUGGCCACCACUCGUAUGUACCAUCAUAUUAUACUAUGAUAAAUAUUACUUUUCAUAAAAGCUUCAAUAUCUCACAACGCGACCAGGCCUGCAUUAAGAUUUUGUAUGGCCCAGGACUAUCAAAUUUUCGGUGGCCCCCUUGGUGAAAAAGUAGGGGGGGCGGGAUUUUUUAUAAUACCUACAGCACAACAAAAUACAUAAAUCUUCAAAAAUUGAAAUUU